CUCUCUCUCUCUCUCUCUCUCUCUCAGUUUCCUCAUUUUCUCUUUCUUACUCACUUUUUCACUCGUAUGUGUUUGCUUCGCCAGCAAAGAGUGAUCAGCCAUAUUGCCCUCUAUAUACUCGGAUCACACACAGCAAACAAGAAAACAAGCAGCAGGAGAAAGAAAAUAAAGAUAUGGUUAAAGCAAUGGAAUCUCAUCAAAAGUGCCCGACAAUGCCAGAGGUGAUGGAGGAGCUAAAGAGAAUAACUGAUAUAGGCUUCCCCAUAGCGGCUAUGAGCUUGGUGGGAUAUCUUAGGAACAUGAUCUUAGUUGUGUGCAUGGGAAGGCUGGGCAGCCUCGAGCUUGCUGGUGGGUCCUUAGCUAUCGGUUUCACAAACAUCAGUGGCUACUCAGUCUUAUCAGGCCUUGCCACGGGCAUGGAGUCCCUUUGCAGCCAAGCUUUUGGUUCAAGAAAUCUAACGGUGGCAUCUCUCACUUUGCAAAGAACCAUUCUAAUGCUACUACUUACUUCAAUACCUAUUGGCUUGAUCUGGUUUAACCUUGAACCUCUCAUGCUUAGCAUCAAUCAAAACCCUGAUAUAACCAAAGUUGCAAGCCUUUACUGCCGGUACGCAAUCCCGGAUCUCAUAGCGAACAGCCUUCUUCACCCUCUACGUAUUUACUUGCGGAGCAAAGGGACAACUUGGCCUUUAAUGUGGUCCACGUUGUUUUCAACCAUUUGUCAUCUCCCUAUCACAAUCCUCUUAUCCUUCACUUUACGUCUAGGCGUCCCUGGAAUAGCAAUUUCCACCUUCAUCACCAAUUUCAACACCCUUUUCUUCCUUCUUUGUUACAUGUUCUACACUCGCAGUAGUACUCGUACCCCAGAGGAGAACUCAUCGCUACGCACGCCAUUGUCACCACCACCAUUAUUUCCACCUUCUUCAGCUGCUCUAUUAUGGGAAGAAUGGGGAGUUCUACUUCGACUGGCAAUACCAAGCUGCAUUGCCGUUUGCUUAGAGUGGUGGUGGUACGAGUUUAUGACAAUUCUAGCAGGGUAUUUAUCUAACCCCCGCGUCGCUCUGGCAACAUCAGCUAUAGUGAUACAAACAACUUCUCUCAUGUACACAUUGCCAACAGCACUCAGCGCAUCCGCCUCAACCCGCGUCGGCAAUGAGCUCGGAGCAGGGAGGCCGAGCAGGGCACGGCUGGCUACGGUGGUAGCCAUAGGGCUAGCCCUGUUGACCUCGUUUUUUGGAUUGUUAUUGACCAUAUUGGGCAGAGAAGCAUGGGGACGAAUUUUCACCACUGAUAAUGAGGUUCUUGAGCUAACCAUGAUUGUACUACCCAUAAUUGGAUUAUGUGAGCUAGCAAAUUGCCCACAGACCACAAGUUGUGGGAUUCUUAGAGGAAGUGCUAGGCCCGGGAUUGGGGCAACCAUAAACUUUUACUCGUUUUACUUGGUAGGUGCGCCAUUGGCAAUAGUCCUAGGCUUUGCUUGGGGACUAGGGUUCGUGGGGCUCUGUUACGGGCUGCUAGCUGCUCAGAUUGCAUGCGUAGUCUCCAUCUUAACAGUGGUGUUCAAGACUGAUUGGGAGAGAGAGUCGUUGAAGGCCAAGGACUUGGUGGGCAAAUGUAACCAUUUCCCACAUGCAGACCAAACAGUGAAGUGUGAAGAAGGGGUCGCAUUUCUCAAAGGAAUGGAUCCUGAAAAGUGAUAAGAGAAAAAUUUUUGUGGAUCAAGGAAACAUACACAAAAAUACGCCGAUUUAACAGGACAAGUUCAAACUACACUUUUCCAUCUUCAUUAUUAUGUCCAACUCAUGUUAUACGUUUACCUCUUUGUUUUGUCUUUUCUUCUUUCUCUGUCCCCACUAAUCUCUUUUUUUAAAGUUCAGUUCCCUACUGAUCUUCGGCCUCUAGACCAUGCAACUUUGUAUAUCAAUUAAUGCUGAUUAUGAGAACAGAAAUAUCAGUAUGUUAGCUAGAUAGAUUACGCAUGGGAUUGCUGCAACCAUAUAUGAACUCUUGUUCAAUUUCUCUUCGCA